GAGUGAAAGUUGCCAAAAUAAAGAUGCCAGAGGAGCAACAGGACCGGAGUGAGGUGGACCCACGCCCAGUUCGGCGGCCGCGACGAAGAUGGCGUCCCGCGAAAAAGCCAAAGGACAGCACGAAACCACCAAGAGUGGACGACUGCCGCGGAGAUGGGUGGCCUGCUUCGUGCUGGCCAUCAUCCAGCUCAUCAUCGGAUUGGGCCUCCUGGCCGUCGGUGCCGCGGACGUUGUCUUCACGCUAGACCACAAGUGCAAAGAUCGCACGGGUGCCUCCUUCUUGCAGGGUGUCGUAUGCGUUGUGUCUGGUGCCUUUGCCCUGGCAGCGUACUCACCGCGUCGAGUUAGAACACAGGGACACCCAAACCGAGUCCUAGUUGCAGUGCACGUUCUGCUGUCCUUUCUUGUGGCAGUUGUCAGCUUCAAUGUCGUGACGUGCCUGGCCACUUACACCGGCGACAGGACUACAGCCCUCUUUGCAGUUAUCCUGUCCAAGGUGGUUCUGACUUACACAUGCCAUGUUUUGGGAGGUGUCUGUGCGGGCGUGGCAGUGCCCGACCUGUGCCGUAACGGUGCCGGCCUUGUCACAUUUGACACGUUCCACAGGGAUGUUGCUACCAAGCAGGUGCCACAAAACCAGGCUAGCAGUGCUCCUACGACUACAGCUGCCCCCAGCAGUGCAGCUGGACCAGUGCAGCUGCCUGAGGCACGCAGCCAUGUCCAGGAGGCACCUGGCACUGGCGAGAAGCUCACGGUGGUCACUCUUCCAGAGGCCGAUGUCAUCUAUGCCGUGCCCGAAAACAGCUACGUGGUGCGCCGCCAAGAAGGGUCGUACGUGGCUCCCCCCGGCAACAGCCGACUGGCACCAUUUUUUCCCACCUACACUCGAGUUGCAAUUGAAUGACAUCGUCUGUCGCAAGAGUCACAUAGUACAUUGAGGGCUGGUUGUGAAAACUAGCAUCCUGAUGAAUACAGCCACCAAAAGUGUCCUCGUCCACUUUUCCCGCCUCUCAAACAGGCUUUAGUCGUUGUGGUCUUUGCAGGUCAUAGAGUUUCCUAUAAACACACUAGAGGAAACUCUGGUGUUAGUGUCUAUGGGAGUUGCAAUGCUCGGCACUUCAGCGAACAUGGGAAUGAUGGGUAGCACACGGAUUUGUCUAAUCUUCGUCCUUCUCGCUUCAUUACGGUUCGUGUGGUUUGAAGCUGUUUUGCUGCAACACGACAAUCAGCAAAUGUUGAGCUGUAGUUGCAAUUCACCUCCUUCAUCUUUUAAGCUUACCAUUUCAAAUCGGUCAUAAGUUUCGAAAGGUUUUGCUCUUUUCUUUAAAGCAAAACUGAAACACUGCAAUAAACGAAGUCACAAGUGCAAUUCGAGGCCCACAAGUACGGAGACUAGGGAAACCCGUGUCUGAGCAGUCCCAGUGCCAGAGUCCACUUCAUUUUAGUAAAUUCUAUGUUGCAGGUGGCUUACUUCGGAGACUUUUUGUGUUUGUGUUUCCUGUAUGCUCUGCCGAAGAUGUGGCACUGCUUUUGUCACUAUUCAUGUUGUGACUUGGCAUAGACGUCACAGCCACAUGAAGGUCAUACAGGCUGUGUAUACUCUACCAGUAGUUGACAUCUGUGCUGUCUGAUCUUCCCAUCCCUUACAGCUGAAGCUCUGUUGCCUCUAGGUCCCGUUUUCCUCUUACUUCACCAACGAUGUCAAAGCGAAAUAUGACAGUUAACUUAUCUCCAUGCUUUUGGUGCCGCUGAUUCAUCAAAAAUGUCACAUGCUAGUUUUCCACGUGGUAAAAUCUUCUUGUGCUGGUUUGGAUGUCUUCUGUAUGUCUCUUGCCAUCUUGUUCUUUGGGUCAUAUAUUUUUCUUUUUUUGUGUUGCAUUCACUCAUCAGAAAAUAGAGCGUAGUAUUUGGAAAAUUCUCAUUGUACUAAGGAUCCACUGCAUAGAGGCAAAAAACUGAAAAACAAAGCGUGAAAGAUUUCUAAUGGUGUAUUUAGAUUACCACCAGCUCAUAUGCUUGAAGUAUAGCAAAUUUUAAAGCGUAACAUGUUAUACGAACUAUCCCUUGUAUUCUACCGAAAAUCAAAUCCUGCUGCGAUUCAAAGCUGCUUACACUUCUUUUGAGUCAAAGAGAA